ACACACACACACACGUACACACAACCGCACAUCACAUCAUGUCCGAUACCACCGUCAUCGAGGGCCUCAAGGCCUGCCUCGCCAACACGUACACGAUCUACGUCAAGACACAAAACUACCACUGGAAUGUGGUUGGCCCGAACUUCCACUCGCUCCAUCUCAUGUUCGAGGGGCAGUACCGCGAGCUCGCAGUGGCCGUCGACGAUCUGGCCGAGCGACUGCGCGCUCUGGGUGUCCCGGCGCCGGGCACCUUUGCCGAGUUUACCGAGCUCGCCACCAUCGAGACGACCGCCGUCGAGGUGACCGCUGACGGCAACGCCCUCGUCCGCGACCUGUACGACACACAUCAGGCUCUGAUUGCGCACAUGAAGACUGCGCGCGAGGCCGCUGCCGCCGCUGACGACGUCGCUACUGAAGACAUGCUCAUCGAGCGGAUCAAGCACCAUGACAAGAUGUCGUGGAUGCUCAAGGCCACGCUUGCUGAGUAGUUAAGCCGCUGCGAGACGGCAAAGCCUUGCCGCUGCAAGAAGAAAGAGGGGAAACAUGAUAGAGAAAAAGGUGGGUAAAGUAGCAGUCAGACCUAGA